CCAACACACCUGGCCAAUAAAGCUGAUUCUGAUCCAAGAGGUUUUAAUCACAUUACCAACAUCGUCAUUCGAUUAGUUGGCAUUGGUAGUUUUCUAUUGGUCAGAUGUGGUCAGCUGAAAGGAGGAAAUAGGACAUGUGACCCGAGCUGCUGUUUACAUGAUAGGAAGAAAUGUCCCGACUUCUGUCUAGAAGUGUUUGUUAGAUUUUAUAACAAACAGUUUUUAGUUUAAUGUCUCCGCCUGUUUGACACGUAUUUAUUUCCCAUGUGAAGAUGUUGGAGGCGGCUCAACGGCUGGAGAACAGCCCUAUAGAGGUGGCUGUAAUCCGCGAGAACCAGCGCUGGGGAGACGUAGCGGACAUCCAGAAAGCUGAACAUGCUCCCGGUGGAGCCCUGCUCGGCUGUUUGAGUUUCCAGGGACGGCUGGUGGUGGUGGACCCGGCGGACAGAGAGGCUCCUCCGGCUAAAGUGGACGGCUGCUACAAAGACUUUUCUUGGGAGGAGGUGAUGGUCCACGACCAAGGUGUGAGCAGCUUCAGACUGCUGGCUGUUGGAUCUCAGUAUGACCUGAAGCUGCUGAAGGUGGAAGCAGAACGAGCAGCCUGCAUUUCUCUGCUCUGUAUGUCUGAAUGUGCGGCAGACCGCCUGCUGCAGAUAGUCAAAGAGCAGGGCUGCAGUGAAUGUGAGCUGCAGUCACUGCGUGUUUUGUCGUUUGCUGCUGGACGCUGCUGCGUGAUGCUGAACAGUGACAAGCUGCUGCAGCUGCAGUGGCAGCAGAUGGAGGAGGAGCCACAGAUGUUAUCCUGCUGCAGCAUCCAGUCAGCUGACAGCAAUAGACACCCUGUGGUCCACCACUGUGUCUGCAGAGACACCCUGUUUAGCCUCAGCUCCACUGGACUCAUCUCUGUGUAUAACGUCACUGAUGGCAGUCUGCUGGCCACUGUUGACCUCCCCGCCUACCUGAGCUCCGGCCUGGCAGAGGAUGGCGGCAUCUCCUGUUCUUCCUCCUUCUGUCUCCUGCAGGUGUCAGCUGAUCUCAGCACAGCCAUAGCCGUCACUCAGUCUCACACCGCCGCUGCAAUCAACCUCAACCUUUACUUCAGGAUGUAUCCCGACCAUCUGCUGUGUGCUGCUCCCCCCACUCGCCCCCCACUCCAGUCACAGGACCCAGGAGACCAGGAUAGCGUGUCAAGCUCCAGCUGUAGCCUCGCUGCCCUCGGAUUAACCUUCAGGACUGACCGCUCCUGGGAAGCUCGUCUGGCCUCCAUGUACAACAGAGUCCAGCAGGCUCCAGCUCAUUAUGCCUCCUCCAGCCAGCCUGUGGGGACAUCCUGGUCCUCCUCCCUUCCCCUCCUCCAGUUCCCCCGGGCUCCAUCCUUGACCCACAGCAGAGUUCCUUGCGGCGGAAUGACUGUCUCGUUCUCUGUCCCCGAGUCAUCCACUCUGUCUCUGCUCACUGUCUCCGAGUUCUCUGCCCUGCUGACCUUUGUCUGCGCUGGCAACAGACAGACCACAGUGGCCUUUUGGGAUUUGGAGUCUGGGAAUGUGAGCUACCACCAGGUGGAGGGCGAAGCGGCCGUUGUUCAGUGCUGUGUAAAGAGACAGCACAGACUGCUGCUGAAGAAGGACGGUGUGUUCCAGCUGUUGUUCUCAGUUUCCCAGCAGGACUUGCUCAGCAGUUUGAUGUUGUUUGGCAGUGCAGCAACAGUAGAUGCAGUCUGUCACCUGAACAGCUGGGGGCGCUGCUCCAUCCCCAUCCACGCCCUCCAGGCUGGCCUGAAGAACCGUCAACUGGACACGGUGGAUUUCUACCUGAAGAGCAAAGAAAACAUACUGAACCCGUGGGCAGCGCUCGGCACUGCGGACCAGCCAGCAGCCUCCACGCUGAGCCUGACAGACAGUGUCCAGGAGUUGUGUCCUGCUUUAGACCUGCUGUGUUCAGCUGUCAGAGACUCGAACAGUGAUGCUCAGAGUCGGCAGUUCUCAGAGCAGCUGCUCAACAUCACCAUGAACUUUGUCAACACACAGAUCCGCUCUGUGCUGUCCAACACGCACCAUGAGGAUGCAGGUGUUCGGUGCUGCGUGGAGGUUCUGGACCGGUACCUCACCGAGCUGAGGAGCUACAUGAAGAAAUAUCCCUGGCCCGCCGGGGGCGACACCUCCAGCCAUGACUUUGCUGCUCCGAUGGAUGAGUGGGAGCAGCUGCCAGCAGAGGAAGUAGUCCGUCAGUCCAUCCUGACCAAUCAGAUCUCCAGAGCGCAGACUGUCCUGAGGAGGCAGAACUUCCCAGAGCAGCGUCUAGCCGCUCUGGAGAUGGAGGGUCUGCGGCAGGUCUUCUCCUGCCUGCUGCACCGAGACCUGCAGACUGCCAACACACUGCUCAUUAACAUGGGUUUCAGUGUGAAGAAGCAGCUCCACAAUAUUUGUCUUCACACCGACGACAAGGACCUGAGGGAGUUUGUGGUGGAGGAGCUGUCAAGGCAGAGUUAUUUUCCAGAGGACAUGAUGCGGAGUGUCACAUUCAUAAGGGAGAUGGAGAGGUUGGGAUCACUGCCUGCGUCCCGCUGCCCAACAAACACCUCAUCACAGAGGGCAGUUCAGAUGGUUCACAGGGAAGCAGGAGGUGGUCUGCAGGUUCUGGAAGAGCUGGUGGGACAGAGGAGCUCUGACAAGGAAGGGGGGCUCUGGAGGAACCUCAGAUUGGACUGGGUGAGGAACUGGGACCAGAGCUGCCAGACUGCCAUCCUGCUGUCCAGACUCCAACACACAGAGCUGAGUUACUGUGACUCGGCGGUGUUGUGGCGAUACCUGACCGCCCUCCACGACCAGCACCGGGUGGUCAGCUGGGUCCAGACCAUGGAGACGUCCGAAGCCUCCCGGUGGCCGGAGUUAACCCCAGAACUGGUUAACAAUAACACAGAGUGCAGCACCUACAUGAGGGAGAUCAUCCUGGACCUGCUGGCCAGGAGAGGAGUGUUCAUCCCAGAGGAGCUGGCAGAUUUGGAGCAGCUGCUGUGGAGGCUGGCUCAGGGUGAAGGAGUGAUGGCUUCAUCUCCUCCUGUUCCUCAGUACCGCUCCCCCCUUGGCCUCGACCUCCACAGCCUCUUCAUCACCUUCUGUGUGGAUCACGGCCUGCAGUACCUGCUCUACACCUACCUGGAGCACUACAGGCUGACACCCAGAAACUGCCCCCUCCUGACCUGUCUGAGCCUAUCUGAGAGUCGGCCCUGGUUUGAGAUGCUGGUAAAGAUACAGGAGAUCACCAGAAACCUGUCAGACCCAGGCCUGGUCUUUCAGGCCAGUCUAACCAGUGCUCAGGUGCUGUUACCAGGCAGCCAGGCGUCUCUCAGCAGCCUGCUGUUCGAGGGCCACAGUCUGCUGGCUCUGGCUGCCAUCAUGUUCGCCCCUGGAGGCAUUGACCAGGUGGUGGCUCAGGAUGAAAGGACAGCCAGGCCAGAGAGGACAGUUGACCCCCAGCUCCUUAAGAUGGCACUGGCACCCCACCCCAAACUGAAGGCCGCCCUUUUUUCCGCUGGGCCCCGAGGAAACAGCCCGUCCUCCGACAUCUCUGUCUAUCACCUCCUGCAGUCACUCCAUCCUUUGGACCCAUCCAGGCUGUUUGGCUGGCAGGUGGCAAACACCCUCAACUCCACUGAAAUGUCAGAGCUGCCUCAUUUCUCUAGCCCUCACCUGGUCAACAGGUUCGCUCUGGUGGAGAACCUAGACUUCCUGUACUACCUCCGUCAUGGCCGACCGUCCUUCGCCUAUGCCACCUUCCUCAUCCAGCAGCUGAGCAGCUGCUGUGACAUCAUCGUGCUAGUGCAGCAGGCACAGCAGCAGGUGUACAGGCUGGCCCUGCAGUGUUUCAACGUGCCUUCUGUGGGGUCGGCUGCAGUUUGUUUCUGCGAGCUCCUGGGAGUCUGCAGCCUCAAGCUGAGAGUCAACAUCAGAGCCAUGAACGCCAUCCUGCAGCACUGGAACCGACACGACACACACAGCCCUCCAACACAGCAUCUGCACACUCUGGUGUCUAAAGGUAUAAAGCUGGCAGAGGCGGAGCCUGGAGCAGCCGAGGAACUGAUUGGCUACCUGGAAGCUGCAGUGACGGACAGUCUGGAGCAGAAGGGCAUCAGCAGGGCAUCCUAUGAGGCGGCUCAGGAGUGGGCAUUGCCUGUUCAGUUCUGUCAGCUCCACAAUCUGAAGCUCAGCUCUCUUUACCCCACUCACUGUGCUGAUGACGGACAGUUCGUCCACUUCCUCUUGUUUGUCCAACUGCACACACACCCCCCCCAUCAUCCUGAACAGGUGAGGUCACUGGUGGCUCAUUUUGGCCCCGCCCUUCAGGCCCACAUGAGCCUGGCGUUUCAGGACCUGCAGGUGCACAUUCAGAGUAGAAGCUGUGGCCCUGAGCUGCAGACCCAGUGUCUGAGCACAGAGGAGGCCCCGGUGAGCCCUGAGCACCCCAAGGAGCUGUUCCAGGUCCUCCUGCAGAGCCAGGAGGAGGUGUCUCCCUGCAGUUACCUGCUGCAGGAGGCACUGGUUCAGCGCUGCCCAACUCUGGCUGUGUUGGCUGCCUGUCAACAGGGGGCGGAGCUGCUGCCGUGCCUCUGCGUGUGGGUGCUGACAUCCGUCAAUGAGGUCACGGCUGGGGAAGCCACCUCUCACCUGGCUGAAGCCCCCCAGCACCAUGAUUGGACCCUGCACGACCUAUCAAUCAUCUGGAGGGUGCUGCUGGGGUGCGGGUGCAUCAGACCCCUCCUUCGAGGUUUUGAGCUCUUCCAGAGGGACUGUCCUCUGGUGCUAGUGCUGAGGAUGUUCGAGUUGUGUUGUGACUACAGGAACUUCUCCGAGGCCAAAGUGAAGCUGCUGGACUUCCAGAGGACGCUCAUCACUCUGCGAAACAGCAGCCCAGCACCUUCUUGUGGCCUGCCCCUGCAGUGGGUGGAGAGACAGGCCUCUGUGCUUCUCUUCACCAUGCUGCAGCGCUGCUCCUCCCAGUAUGACCUCCAUCGACUGCUGCAGCUCCUGGCUGACGUCGACAAACUCCUCAAAUCCAACGGUCCAGACUUCAGGAAGCUGAGUCAGCUCAGUCAUCUGCUGCAGGGUUCAGGGGUCAGCCUGUCUCCCAGACUCCUGCAGUGCACUUCCCCCUCCAUCCAGCAGGAAGAGUUCCAGGCUGCGGUGGACGCUCUGCAGGCCAGGGGGCACUACAGCCAGGCCAGAGAGGUGGCCAUGCUGGCCGCCCUGCCUGUGCACUGCCUGCUGCUCAGCCAGCUACUCCAGGAAGUGAACUCCCAGAGGCCCAAGCAACAGUGGAGGAGGCUGGAGACCCGAGUCACUUUCUGGAGGAAAUGUCACAAGCAGCUGAAGGUUGCCAACACUGAUCCAGAAUCCGCCACCCAGUUCUUCCUGUCCCAGGCUGAAACUGGACCUGCAGAGGUUCAGAUGGAGCUGCUGGACAUCCAGGAGCACUGUCUGCUGCUCAGCCUGGCCGCUCACUGGCUUUCCCAGCUCAGCCCGGCUCCUGUGGACAAGCUGGAGAGCCUGGAGAAAAGGCUGUGGAUUAGCAGGGUCCGACAACAAGUGCUAACUGUCGCCAUGGAGGAGGACAGCGUUUUCAACCUGCCGCCACCCGCCGUGACACCUGAAAUGAACACAUACGAAGUGCUCAUGAAGGAGUUGUCCUUCUCGAACAUAUCGGGCCCAAACACAGAGAAGUGCCUCAGUCUGGAGGGACUCCCAGGGUCCCCAGAGGAGCAGGAGGAGCUGAGCAUGAACUCAGGCUUGAGUCCAGAGGAGAGGGCCGUUCUGGCUGUGCUGAUUGGUCAGUUGUUAGAUGAGGGCAGCAUCCAUGAAGCCAGCCGGGUCUGCCGUUAUUUCUCCCUGUCUCACCCGGACAUGUGGCUGGUGCUGCGCUGCCGAGGCCUGGCCUCAGGUGAACUAAACCCCGAACCAAAGGAGGAGGUGUCGGACACUCCGCCCAGGAGCGGCAUCCUCAGCUCUCCUUCAUUCAGCAGCCUGUCGUCAUUUGUGAUGCUCCCAGGCCCCGAAGACCAGGUCACUGUCCAGCUCCAGAGACUGGUGGAUCAGUGUCGCCAUGGCAACAACUACUGCAAACAAGUCCUCAGCCUCUACCAGCUCUCCAAGGAGCUGCAGUGCUCCUUCACUGACAUCUGCAAGGAGGAACCUCACUCGGUGUUUGAGAAGCUGCUGCUAUCGGACCAGCCUGAGCGCUUCAGGAAGGCUCAGGCCUUCAUCAGGGUGCAGGGCCUCUCUGCAGACUGUGUGGCUGAGCUGGUCUCCACUGCCCUGGUCCAGUCGCUGCUGGCCUCUACCCAGGAGCUGCAGCCAGCAGAGAAGCAGAUCUUCAGGCCAUCAGAGGGGAGGGACUCGCUGGUGCAGCUGCUCAAACUGUGUGAAGACCCGAACCUGGUGGGACUCAAACUACUGGAAAACCUCGGCACUGUUCCCCUGAGAGACCUGAGCUGCAUUGUUGAGCUGCUGAUCGUGGCCCACGACUGUUUCAGUCUCACCUGUAACAUGGAGGGGAUCAUCAGGGUGCUGCACACGGCCCGUCACCUCAGCCACAGCUACCUGGCCCCAGGAGAGCACUACGGCCUGCUGGUGCGUCUGCUGACAGGUAUUGGCAGGUACAAUGAGAUGACGUAUGUCUUCGACCUGCUACAUGAGAACCAUUGUUUUGAGAUGCUGCUGAGGAAGAAGGUGGAUACGGAUGGGAGACAGAGCUCCAGUCUGAAGACAGCUCUGCUGGAUUACAUAAAGCGCUGCCUCCCUGCAGACAGUGAGAAACACAACAUGGUGGCACUGUGCUUCACUAUGAGGAGGGAGAUUGGAGAAAAUCACGAGAUGGCUGCCAGGACUCAGCUGAAGAUCAUCGAGUCUCAGGCCUGGGUCGUCACUCCUGACCUGAAGAGUUCGCUGGUCAAGGUGUUGGGUCUGCUGAAGGACGCAGCAGAGAGUUUCUCCAAGGACUCGUGUGUGCGUCAGGCGAGUCGCUGUGUCCGGACGGCAAAGCUGGUCGCUCUUCAGCUGCACUUCCUGAACCAGGGAUCGGACCUGCGCGUCAUCAACCUGCGACCUGCAGAGCUGCCAAAAACCGUGGCAGAGUUGCCACGUUGCUACCAGGUGUUGGUGGUGUCAGAGGCGUACGGCUACAGUGCAGACUGGGCAGAGAUCCUGUACCAGAAGGUGAUCCUGAAGGGAGACUUUGUUUAUCUGGAGGAGCUCAAACGCCACCGUCCGCUGACCUCCAGCCUGUUCGAGGACAUUUUCAAGAAGCUGGACAGUGCUCCCAGCAGCGUCACUGUGAACGUCAGGCGCCUACUGACACACUGCAGCCGCUACAGGCUGGCCUACCAGCAGAACCUGCACGACGUCACCAAAAUGAUGCUGCAGGACGCAAAGACCUCAAGCUACCUGAACGACAGGCUGACCGGCUGAUUCACUGACCCGCUGGCUGAGUGAUGAGUUGACAGCAGGCUUCUUUAACCAACUGACUAGUUGAUCUUCAGCCGGUUACAGGAAACAGAACUGAGGUUGUCAAGUUCUGUUGAACAAGACUUGUGUAUAAGAAAUUAGAAACAUUGCCUUUUCUUACUAAUCCUUCUUGGAGGUGAAUUAAAAUUAAGCAGACUCAUUUUCUUCUUGCAGUCAAUAGGUUCCUAUGAAGAACUAGGGUCAUUCUCCAGCAGGUGUCACCGAGUUUCUGGCUCCUACGCUACUGAAAAGCUUCAUGUAUAUGUGAUGUAAUGACACUGUGAAAUUUUACAUUAAAGACACUUUCUGAGCUGUUCUGCA